AUUAAAAGUGGACAUAAUGGAUGGAUCACAAUCUUAUCUAUGGACUACGCCAAGAAGUAUCAGCACUCAGUGCAGUAGUCACCAUGCCACUAUCUCUAUCCUCUCCUCUUUUCAAUUCAUCAUCGCCAUUAUCUUCUUCCACAAAAUUUGAAGUCCAAUCAGUAAAUUUGAGGCCUUUGAGCUUCUCUAUUAGGUCUCAGGAUUCAUCGAGAUCAAGAAGUCAUAGGCAAAGUGGUCGGCAAGUAUGGCGGCGCAGAAAAUUGACAAAGAAAGAUCAGUACAUGGAAGCCAAACUAGAGAGAAUCCCUUUCCUAGAGGAGCAGAUACGGAAGGUUACUGAAGGCGGAGGGGUCUUGGCAGGGGACUUAGAUCGAUUAUUGAAGUCAGAGGAUAACCGAUUUGCAUUUGUGAAUGAGAUAGCAGCUGAGGCCACAGCCUAUGUUGAAAAUAAUCGAGAUGAGUACGGGGAUAAAAAGGCGAUCCUUCAUGUGCUGAGUAACCGUAUGAAUGAUGCUGGAUUUGCUCGCUCUGAAGCUUAUAUGGAGACUGACCCGUUUAAGCCUGGUCCUACUUACCUCAAGGAAGAGUUUACUUGAGGCAAUACAAUACGUUUGCAUUGCUAGAUAUUAGAAUUAGUUUAUUACUUUUUUGUGUUGUAGUAUAAGCUAUAUUACUUGAACUCGGUAGUGAUGUCGGAUACCGGUACGUGUCCAAGUGUUGGAUACAUCUAAAUAUUCGAUUUUAUGCCUAAAAUGAAGUGUCUAAGUGUAAGUGCCAUACUAAUGUCCGAGCAUCAAGGAUCGGGCACAGGUAAGUGAAGCAAAAUAAAGAGUCCGAGUAACAUAGAGUACAGGUUAGACUAUGCUUUAAGUUGAUUUGUAUUAUUGUAUCUGACUCCAUUUGUUGAGAUUAAUGCUUUGACAUUAUUGUUGUUUGA